UUUAAAGACGCGCAAGGCGCUACUUUCUUCCCAAAAGAAAGAAGGGCGAAGUGAGCAAUUUUGUUCUUCAGUUUAGUGAUUCGGCAUUUCCGUUGGCCCCUUCCGCAUUUUUGACACCAAAUACAAAACACCAAACCAAGCGUUCACCAUGUCGAGCCCUCAGCUUGGCUGGAUAGGCCUUGGUUCGAUGGGAAUCGGAAUGUCCAAGAACCUCCAGAAGCACCUCUCCAGUUCGAGUUUCCCGGCAUUGGUAUAUACCAAUCGCACCCUGUCUCGUGGUGACUCGCUCAAGGACUUGGGAGCAAUUCCGUUAGAGUCAGUGGACAAAGUAGCAAGGAAGAGCGAUAUUAUCUUCUCCUGCGUGAGCAAUGACGCCGUGCUGCAAGCAGUAGUUGAUGAGAUCAUCGCAUCUGGCGAUAUCACUGGGAAGGUAUGUGUAGACUGCUCUACGGUGCAUCCAGACACGUCGAAGAGUGUCCUAGCCAAGAUUACCAGAGCAGGCGCACAUUUCAUUGCUGCUCCUGUGUUCGGCGCCUCCCCCAUGGCCGAGGCCGGCAAGUUAAUUUUUGUUGUUGCUGGCCGUGGCACAGCCAAAACUGCGAUUACGCCAUACUUGAAGAACGUCAUGGGUCGCUCUGUUAUCGACCUAGGCGAAGACGUGACAAAGUCCAGUCUUCUCAAAAUUGCUGGCAACGUUUGUGUAGUGUCCUUUAUGGAGGUGAUUUCAGAAGCCCACGUUUUUGCCGAAAAGACAGGUCUGGGAUCAGAGAUCCUUGAGCAAAUGCUCGGAGACAUGUUUGGCCCCGUCAUAGAGAGCUACUCUAAACGAUUGACAUCGGGCAACUACGCCCCGCCGCCGAAUGGUAAAGCUGGCUUUGAUGUGUCUCUUGCUAUCAAGGAUGCUAAGCAUGCUCUCAAUUGCGCUGAAGCGGCUGGUACCAGGAUCAAAGUCAGCGAAAUUGCUUUGAGUCAUUUGGAGAGAGCUCGAGAGCUGCAACCUCAGAGACCCCUUGAUAGCGGUGCUAUAUAUGGCACUAUCCGGUCUGAAGCUGGCUUGGAUUUCCUCACGGACUUGUGCAAAUCGAGAGAUAGCUCGUCAUGAUCGCCGAAAAUGGACAAAAUAAAGAAUAACUUACAAACCAAAUCACUGAAU